CGUCAGUUUUGGACAGAGUCCAUGUCUCAGAGGCGUAUGUGAGUACUGGGACUAUAACAUGCUGCCGAAAUCGGUAGUAUUUAUUCGGAAAGCUGGGCAAAGAUCUCGAAGUGGCAGAAGAGUUGUGCUUCCUUGGUAUUGCUCGUAGCUUCGAGUAACAACGCAAGCAACUGAUAGGUCCGGAAGUCCUCUUGUGCGCUAUUCUCUCCAAGGUCUUCAAACUAGUAGCUAGGCAUCCCUCCAAAUGCUUGGCUGCAUCGAUGACAUCGACCAAAAAGGAUGUACAUCUGGGACAAUGAAUACCCGAAGCGAAACCCUAGCUGAAAUAUGUACAGGUGUUAGAGUUGGAUGGAUGGCGAGAAACAAAGCGCCUGUAUGGCGAGAUGCAGCGCCAGUCGUGCAUCGCAUGUUAAGAAUACGGAUAAAAUUAAGUCACAACGUGGCCAAGCUAAACGAUAGCGCUGUGCAACAACAGCAAACAGGGAAGCAAGCACAUUGCGUGCCACAGUAGUCUGCACGCGUCUUCCUCCGAGCGGUCAGCGAACCUGAGCUGCUGUUCGAACACGAAAGCUCCAACGAGUGUGUGGUUGAACAAAGAUAGAUAGGGCUAUAUUUAAAGACUCUCGCGAGUUCUAGCUUUUACAUCACACUUCGAGUUGAUCCACAGCUCAAAGCAGUUCUUCCAAACACAUCCCCGAAGUACGAGAACACCUGAACACAAUGAUCACACUAACGCUGGCAGCACUGGCACUGAUCCUGCUGGUAGCAUUUCUGCUGAAGGAAGUAUGGCGCCCAGCGAACUAUCCUCCUGGACCCCGAUGGCUACCGAUCGUCGGCAACACUCCGCUAGUGCGCAAGAUGGCGGCCAAGUAUGGUGGACUAUUGGCGAACGUGUUCGAUAAACUGUCGGAAUCGUAUCGAAGCAGCGUCAUAGGACUGAAGCUUGGUCGGGAACGCGUUGUCGUUGGGCUGGGAUACGAUGAGGUGAAGGACAUUCUGUGCAAUGAAGCGUUUCAGGGCCGCCCGGACAAUUUCUUCAUCCGACUGCGCACGUUGGGAACGAGAUUGGGCAUCACUUGUACGGAUGGCGCAUUCUGGAACGAGCAGAGAAGCUUCGUCACUCGGCAUCUGCGUAACGUCGGCUAUGGACGGCAGGCAAUGCACGCUCAGAUUCAAACGGAGCUAAACGAACUGCUGGAUGUGCUCGAAAAUCGUAUGGAACAACCAAUCUGGCCUGGAUCGAUCCUCGCGAUCAGCGUGAUCAAUGUGCUCUGGACGAUCGUAACCGGUUCCCGCGUUCCGCGAGAGGAUGAUCGUUUGCAGCGCCUACUCCAGCUGCUUCGGGAACGUUCGAAAGCUUUCGACAUGUCCGGUGGCACCCUGAACCAACUGCCCUGGCUACGGUUUAUCGCACCCGAAUGGAGUGGAUACAAUCUGGUGCGUCGCUUCAACAAACAGCUGACGGAAUUCUUCACUCCAACGAUCGAGCAGCAUCACGAGAACUUCUCCGACGAUAAAGCGGCGGACGAUCUGAUCUACGCGUACAUUAAGGAGAUGCGCGAUCGCAAAGAUUUCAACCCCGAGUCCAACUUUACCGACGUGCAGCUGACGAUGAUCAUACUGGACAUCUUUAUCGCCGGUGGGCAAACUACGAGCACGACGCUCGAUCUUGCCCUCAUGAUGAUGCUCGUCCGUCCGGAUGUGCAGGAAAAGGUGCACGAAGAGCUCGAUGCUCAACUAACCUUCGGCACGAUGCCCCACUAUGAGGAUCGUGUGAAGCUUCCGUACGUGGAGGCGUUCCUGCUCGAAGUGCAUCGUUUCUUUAGCAUUGCGCCGGUGAAUGGACCGCGGCGUGCGAUUACCGAUUGUACGCUCGGGGGCUAUCGUGUGCCGAAGAAUACGACCGUUUUAAUGGGACUGCGCAACGUGCACAUGGACCCGGCGCAUUGGGGCGAUCCGGAAGUGUUUCGUCCGGAACGGUUCCUCGGCGAGGAACGGCAGAUCGUCAACACGGAACGGGUGCUAGCGUUUGGCCAGGGCAAGCGUAGAUGUCUCGGUGAAACAUUGGCCCGGUCCUGUCUGUUUACGUUCUUUGUGGGGAUUAUGCAGCGGUUCUGUCUCGUCGGACCGAGCGAUGACGGGGAGGACGCCGAUAUGGCACCAUCCAUGACACUCAGGCCGGGAAUAACGCUCUCGGCGAAACCGUACAAUGUGGUGUUUCAACCGAGAAAGCGCAACGAGAAGAACUCACAGCAAAAGUGAUUAAGACAAUGUGGAAUGUUUGUAUGAGGAAAGCGAACAAAGGUGGGAAGGUUAAUUAUUUUAAAUAAAUCUGACAAGCGUAAUUAAAAGUCAUAAUAAAAACGGAAAUUAUUUAGUUUGAAAAGUAA